CUGCUAGGGAGAGGGUGCAGGUUCGCUGGGCCCAUCUGGCGGAGCCGAGCAAGGGAAAUGGUCCCCGCCCCGCCGCUCGCCAGUUGAGGAGGAGCCGCCCUGGCCGGGUGGCAGGCCAGCCGCGGCGUGGGGCGCGGGCCAGAAGGGGCGUAUCGUCCUCCCGUGCUGCUGCUGAAUGUCGACUCCGGAGGAUGAGGAGAGGCUCUCGCCGCUCGCCCAGAGAUGGCCCCGCGCGAGCAAGUUCCUCCUGUCGGGCUGCGCGGCCACCGUGGCCGAGCUAGCAACCUUUCCCCUCGAUCUCACAAAAACUCGACUCCAAAUACAAGGAGAAGCUGCCCUUGCUCGGUUGGGAGACGGUGCAAGAGAGUCUGCUCCCUAUAGGGGCAUGGUGCGCACGGCCCUGGGGAUUGUCCAAGAGGAAGGCUUUCUAAAGCUCUGGCAAGGAGUGACGCCUGCCAUUUACAGACACAUAGUGUACUCUGGAGGUCGAAUGGUCACUUACGAACAUCUCCGUGAAGUUGUGUUUGGCAAAAGUGAAGAUAAGCAUUAUCCCCUUUGGAAAUCAGUGAUUGGAGGGAUGAUGGCUGGUGUUGUUGGCCAAUUUUUAGCCAACCCAACUGACCUAGUGAAGGUUCAGAUGCAAAUGGAAGGAAAAAGGAAACUUGAAGGAAAACCAUUGCGAUUUCGUGGUGUGCAUCAUGCAUUUGCAAAAAUCUUAGCUGAAGGAGGAAUACGUGGGCUUUGGGCAGGCUGGGUACCCAAUAUACAAAGAGCAGCGCUGGUGAAUAUGGGAGAUUUAACCACUUACGAUACAGUGAAACACUACUUGGUUUUGAAUACACCACUGGAGGACAAUAUCAUGACUCAUGGCUUAUCAAGUUUUUGUUCUGGACUGGUAGCUUCUAUUCUGGGAACACCCGCUGAUGUCAUCAAAAGCCGAAUAAUGAAUCAACCGCGAGAUAAACAAGGAAGGGGCCUUCUGUAUAAAUCAUCAACUGACUGCUUGAUUCAGGCUGUUCAAGGAGAAGGAUUCAUGAGUCUCUAUAAAGGCUUUUUACCCUCUUGGCUGCGAAUGCAAUCUGAUUGGAUCACACAAGGCCACCCAAUGAGACCCAGCACAGCGUUUUCUAAGGAAGAGUCAAAUCCUGACCACUUACCUUGAGCAAGAAGAUUCGACCUUCGAGAUGCUAUUCUAUGCUGAAGAGCUUGCUUAGAGGAGGAAAUGCCAGAAGGGAGACAGCAUCUUAGACCUGAAGCAGACAAUAGGAAUGUGGAAAAAUACAUACGUACAUAGUGACCACGGAACAUAUUUAACCUGUCGUGUCAGUACUUACGACUGAAAUUUGAUAAUUCACUUUUCUGUUGCCGUUAAAGUGUGCAUACUUUAAAUUAAAGGGAGGUGAAAGAAUAAACAUUUUGAGAUUUCCCUAGUGUUGAAGGAAGUUGAUGUACCUUUUCUUGCCAGGAGGAUGAAAAAAAAAAAUCAAGUUGAGAUGAUGUUUGGAUCUCAAGGGAAGAAGCCGUUUUCCGUCAGUGCCCUGUCGUUAGUUGAGCUGUGUUCACUGGUUAGCUCUCCAGCACACAGGCUAAGGACUUCCUGACAGCCACCGACCGCAUCUUGAUGAAAACAGAAAAGAGUGUUUGCUUUGUGACAUAUCCCAUUCCAGCUUGAAUUUGUCACUAGCUCUCAAGAAUCUCAAUAUAUGAAAAACGCAGUUUAUUUGAUUAAAGCUCGGGUGGAUAGGUCCUUUUAAUAAAGAAACAUCUGUUAUCGUCAGCCUCUCAGUGGCACGUUAAAAGCAAAGCUAAGAUGAAGUGUGCUAAGAUGAAGUCAGCUGACAUAAAUCCUUUCUUAAUCUCCCCUUCCCUAACGCUUAGGGUCCUAGAGAGAGAGAACUCAGAAAUCACACUAAAGCUGUCUCUAGCCUGAAUCUUAUUCAAUUUGACAAAGCCUCCUGCCUAAAAAGUGAUAAGUAUAAACUGCCUAUGGUGUACAGUUAUGUCUCCAAUCACUAAAUCACAUCCCUUUUCUUAGAAAGGGGAGAGAUUUCUUCAGAUUCAUCUCUGUACCAUCUGUUCCCCCCCAGCCUCAGACAGUGGGCAUUUCUGGAUGGAUGGCUACAGUUAUGGGUAGAGGCUGUAACUGUCAAAAUAGGAAAACCCCAAAAGCUCAGACCCAAGAAAGACCGUGGAGCUGACCAAACAGGAUUUAUCAUGGGCAUGAAUGAUGUGGAACAGAAAAACGUUUACAAGUACCCUGUGGUUGCACUGAUGUAUAAUCACUGCCAUUUAAGAGGGGGAGUAUGCUUUAAAAUAUAUUUUAAUGUGAUGUACUAAUA